AUGAAGGCGUUCCACAGCGACCUGGAGAUUUUAUUGAAAAAUCAGAAGCCUGCUUCCGAACCUAUGUCACUUGAUAUCCAGAUUGAUAAUUAUGAAAAACUCAAUCAAAAUCGAGUUAAUGAACAAACGAUGAAUCGACUAAUCGAGACAUUUCUGACGGAAUUGAAACAAGUUCUGACAUCACGAGCUGAAAUUUUUCUAAUUGGCUCUCUGUUUAUUGAUGUGCUGGACCAGAAACACGUUAUGCUAGUUCUUCCAUUUCUCUACCCAGAGACAUUGGAAACCCUUUGGUUGAGCAAUGCAUACAAAAAUCACGAUGAUCGUACAUUGGAAAUGAAUGUAAUUGUGCAGAUAGAGCACUGGAAGAAUAUUGAAGAGUUUUAUGUUGAAGGACUGGUCGUCAAUGCAUCAGUUCGCAACUUCGCACAUAUUUCUCGCUUGAAGACAAAAAUUAUGACGGUUACAGCAGGGGAUUUAAUUUUUCUCAAAGAGUUAAGAUACUCAUUUUAUCAAACGUACAAAACUACAAAAUAUUCUUGUAAUAAGCAUUCUAUACACAAGUUUUAG